CGCCGUGGUGAGUUUGACACUCCGGGACUAUGAGGUGCGUUUGCGCUAUUUGGAUGGUGUGUCUGGAAGCAAUGAGUGAUUUAUUUAACGGGCAGCGGUGCAUUUUGAAUCCACAACCCAUCCCCUCUAUUUUUUAACUGGUCGUUCAGAACAGCACCGUUUACGUUCCAUUGCGUUUUUUCGUACUGAACGCAGCCCAGUGCAUGGCGUGGAGCCUACUGGAGAGGAAAAGCUUCCUGUCAACAGCCUCACCCAGUCAUACCAGAGGGCGUAGAAGAGGGGAUGGCAGAAAACAGCUCCGAUACUUGUGGUUCCGUUUAUCGGAGGUGUUUGACUCAUUCUACCGGGGAAAAAACCCAGUCAACCAGUAACGGGGUAUCCAAAUGGGUUCGCUUGAACGUGGGGGGAACGUAUUUCUUAACAACACGACAGACGCUGUGCCGAGAUCCGAAAUCAUUUCUGUACCGACUGAGCCAGGCUGACCCCGACCUCGACUCUGAUAAGGAUGACACUGGUGCCUAUCUCAUAGACAGAGACCCCACAUACUUUGGGCCGGUACUGAACUACUUGAGGCAUGGCAAGCUGGUGCUCAACAGGGAGCUGGCAGAGGAAGGUGUCCUGGAGGAAGCCGAAUUCUACAAUAUCACAUCAUUAAUCAAGCUCCUCAAGGACAAGAUCAGGGAACGAGACUGCAAAACAUCACAGGCUCCAGUGAAACAUGUGUACCGGGUGCUGCAGUGCCAGGAGGAGGAGCUCACCCAGAUGGUGUCCACCAUGUCAGACGGCUGGAAGUUUGAGCAGCUUGUCAGUAUAGGUUACGGGCGGGCCCAGCAGUCAGAGUUUCUGCUGAUUGUGUCAAGGGAGGUGAAGGGGGAGGAGUCUACUUUCCCAAGCCACAGCGGAGAGCUGGUCAGCAUUGGAUCCUCUUAUAACUACGGAAACGAGGACCAAUCUGAGUUCCUGUGUGUAGUCUCCAAGGAGCUGCACAACCAAUCAUAUGGCCCAAACAGUGAGCCCAGUGAGAAAGCCAAGAUUCUUCAGGAGAGGGGAUCCAGGAUGUGAAAGAUCAGUAUUACAAGCACCAGGUAUAUAGUACAGUCAUAAUACCCAUAAAACCUAGAAAUCAAACAGGGAAAUGGUUACAAUUGUUUUUCCACUGUUCAUUUUUCCCAUA